CAAUGACUUCCGUUUCCGGAUUCCGGAAUACUGGGAGUGGUAGGAAAGGUGAAACAAAUAAAUAAAUCGUUUGGAAAAAGUCGGGUUCUCAAUCACGCUCUCUUCCUCCGGCCAGCGUCUUUGCAAAACCAGUUAUUUUUAUUAUUAUUUUUUUUUUUGCAAUCCGCUCCGCGUUUUAAAUUGUGUUUACAUGAUAAAUUCUGUAUUCUCUCGCCACGGUUUGGUUUCUGUACGCCCACGCAAGUUUUGCAUUAUAUGUAUAUAUUUUUUUUCCUAGUCUUCUGACUUUAUUGUCAAUAUUAUUAUAAUUCUUCUUCUUCUUGUUGCUGUUUUGUGCAACAAUCCGGACCAGACUUGCCUCGUCGUGCGACAUUGUUGCAGCGGAAGAAAACUUUUGGAUCCCAGACAUGUCUUUCAGGAGGGUGGUGCGUCAGUCCAAGUUCCGGCACGUCUUCGGGCAGGCUGUGAAGACAGACCAGUGCUACGAUGACAUCAGAGUGUCCAGGGUGACGUGGGACAGCUCCUUCUGCGCCGUCAACCCCAAGUUUCUGGCCGUCAUCGUGGAGGCCAGCGGGGGCGGGGCCUUCCUGGUGCUGCCUCUGGGAAAGACUGGACGCAUUGACAAAGCCUACCCCACUGUGUGUGGGCACACGGGACCGGUCCUGGACAUCGACUGGUGUCCCCACAACGAUGAGGUCAUCGCCAGUGCCAGCGAAGACUGCACCGUGAAGGUUUGGCAGAUCCCAGAGCAGGGUCUCCUCUCCCCCCUCACGGAGCCUGUUGUGUCCCUCGAGGGCCACUCCAAGAGAGUGGGUAUCAUCACAUGGCACCCCACUGCUCGCAAUGUGCUGCUGAGCGCAGGCUGUGAUAACGUUGUUCUGAUCUGGAACGUGGGUUCAGGAGAGGAGUUGUUUCGUCUGGAUGAGAUGCAUCCUGAUCUUAUCUACAGCGCCGCCUGGAACCGCGACGGGAGUCUCAUCUGCACCUCCUGCAAGGACAAGGCUCUGCGCAUCAUCGACCCGCGCCGCGGCACCCUCGUGCAGGUGAAGGAGCGUGCUCACGAUGGCGCCAGGCCGAUGCGUUCGAUCUUCAUGUCGGAUGGGAAGAUCUUCACCACAGGAUUCAGCCGCAUGAGCGAGAGGCAGCUAGCCCUGUGGGACCCUAGCAACAUGGAGGAGCCCAUCGCUAUACAGGAAAUGGACAGCAGCAAUGGAGUUCUGCUUCCUUUCUACGAUCCUGAUACCAAUGUGGUGUAUCUGUGUGGGAAGGGAGAUUCCAGUAUCCGUUAUUUCGAGGUCACCUCGGAGAGCCCUUACGUUCACUUCCUGAACACCUUCAUCAGCAAGGAGCCCCAGAGAGGGAUGGGCUUCAUGAGCAAGAGGGGGGUGGACGUGAACAAGUGUGAGAUUGCCAGGUUUUACAAACUUCACGAGCGCAAGUGCGAGCCAAUCACGAUGACCGUGCCAAGAAAGUCGGACCUGUUCCAGGAUGACCUGUACCCCGACACGGCUGGGCCGGAGCCCCCUGGGGCGGAGGACUGGGUUGCAGGACGGGACGCCCCUCCCAGGACGGACGCCCCUCCCCUCCUCAUCUCUCUGCGGGACGGCUACGUGCCCACCAAGCAACGGGACCUCAAAGUGACCCGCAAGAAUGUGCUGAGCACCCCGGCAAGCACAGGGGGAGGAGCCAAGACAGGGGGCCCCGCACACCUCUCCACGGGCCCCGCCCACCAGGCCACUCCCACAAUACAGCACCCGGAUGACGAGAAGAUGUCAGAGAUCAUGGAUGAGCUCCGAAAUCUCAAGCUGCUGGUUAAAACGCAGGGGAAGAGGAUCGCUAAACUGGAGGAACAGCUCGCCCAGUUUGAGGACGGGGACGUCUGAGACGG